CGUGUGGAUAUUAGAAAAAGAAUUUUGUAUUUUGGGUCAGUAACUGGGGACGGUGGUGGUUGUGUUAUUGUUAGGGGCGAGUUCUUGUCAUUUGUGAUGACAGUCGGCCAUUAGUUUCCGGUGGCAGUGAGUGAACGCACGCGGAUAUUUAGAGCAGCUGAAAGCUCGAGUUUUAUUAAUUUUCCCCGUAAAAGAACCGCCCCAAGUGCACAAAAUGUCGAAUAACACAGCCCCGGACAGUUGGGAAUCUCAGGCCGACUCCGCGUCGCCCAACACCUCCCCCAGUCACAAUGCAGAUGUGACAGCAAAAUUUUCCACGUUGAACGUGAACGCUGUUGAAUUCGUGCCUUCAUUUGCAAAGCCUGCAGCCAACGCUGACGAGGCCUCGCCGACGUCCGAGGCCUCCCCCGAACACGCCCCCAUCCUCAACGGUACGUUAGGAACGAGCGCUGAGUCCGCAGAGCGGGUGGAGGUGAAGGAGCCCCCGCCCAUCCCCCCCGCGGACGGGGACGCAUCCCCCGGCGACGGGGGCACCUGGGAGGACGUCGUCGUCGAGGACAACGACCCCCUCAUCACGCCCGAGGCCGACGACGACGAGCCCUCCUCCGAGGAGGCCCCCAUCAAAAUACCCAAGAAGAAGACCGUCAAGGAGGAGGUGCUCAAAGACAAGAAGGAACACGUUAACGUGGUUUUUAUCGGGCAUGUGGACGCGGGGAAAUCGACCAUUGGGGGGCAAAUUAUGGCGCUGACGGGCAUGGUGGACAAGCGAACGCUGGAAAAGUACGAAAGGGAAGCCAGGGAGAAAAGUCGGGAGUCGUGGUACUUGUCAUGGGCCCUUGACACGAACCAAGAAGAAAGGGACAAGGGCAAGACGGUGGAAGUGGGUCGGGCGUUUUUCGAAACGGAGAAGAAACACUUUACGAUUUUGGACGCGCCAGGGCAUAAGAGUUUUGUUCCGAAUAUGAUUGGCGGAGCGGCUCAGGCCGAUUUGGCCGUUUUGGUUAUUUCGGCCAGGAAAGGGGAGUUUGAGACGGGGUUUGACCGAGGUGGUCAGACGAGAGAACACGCAAUGUUGGCCAAAACGGCCGGUGUUAAAUAUUUGGUCGUGCUUGUCAAUAAAAUGGACGAUCCGACUGUUAACUGGGAUGAAGCUAGAUACAACGAAUGCAGAGACAAAAUUUUACCCUAUCUUAAAAAACUUGGAUUUAACUAUAAUAAGGAUCUGUUCUUUUUGCCCUGUUCGGGACAGACGGGACAAGGGCUCAAGGAUCAAGUGGAUGAGUCGAUCUGUCCCUGGUAUAGAGGGCCGGCUUUCAUUCCCUUCAUCGACGACCUGCCGUCACUCAAUCGAAAAAUCGACGGCCCCUUCAUAAUGCCAAUAGUAGACAAAUACAAAGACAUGGGAACAGUUCUUAUGGGGAAAGUGGAAUCGGGUGAAUGUCGAAAAGGACAAAGUCUCGUCAUUAUGCCAAACAGGACUCCCGUCACUGUCGAUAUGUUGCUCUCUGACGACGACGAAGUCAAUCGUAUCGUACCCGGUGAAAAUGUCAAAGUUAAAGUAAAAGGUGUUGAAGAAGAAGACGUUAGUCCAGGUUUUGUACUUUGCGAUGCCGUCAAUCCGAUCCACACCGGUAGAGUAUUUGAUGCUCAGCUUGUGAUUUUGGAACACAAGUCGAUCAUUUGCGCUGGCUAUAGUGCCGUUAUGCACAUUCAUUGCGCCGCCGAAGAAGUCACCGUCAAGGCCUUAAUUUGUCUCGUGGACAAGAAGACUGGUGAAAAGAGUAAAACGCGGCCCAGGUUUGUGAAGCAAGAUCAGGUAGCCAUAAUGCGAAUAGAAUGCGCAGGUGUGAUUUGCCUGGAGCCCUUUAAAUUGUUCCCUCAAAUGGGCCGUUUUACGCUCAGAGAUGAAAAUAAAACAAUUGCCAUCGGAAAGGUACUGAAGUUAAUCGAGUAAAUCGUCGCUAGAUUAGAUUGUAAAACUUGACAUUUUAACCAACUCGCAAUCGACUGGUGGACAUUUUUCCGAGGUGACCACCACACAAUGUUCAUUUUGUAUUGUCGGUGACCACGAAGAGACUCUAGAUCGGUGCUACAAACAGUAGCGUGUGAAAAUGAUGAAUUUUUUAAUUAAUUAAUUAAUGUUUUCUUUUUUGUAUAUUUAGUCUGGUGUAAUGGUAUAAUUUUCCUUUUAGAUAUGUUUUGUACAUUUCUAAUUUUAAUUUAUUAAAUUAAGGGGUGUAUUAUUAUUUUAGCGAUCGAAAUUGUGUGGUGUACAUCAUUGUUAUUAAAAGAGUUCUUUUGAAUCGAUGUACUCCUUUUGUUCGACAGCCUGGUGCUUUAUUUAUAUUUUCGAGACGAGUGAAGGUAUUUGACCACGGCCUAUCACCACCUGAUGCGUUGUUGACUGAGAGAACAAAGUGUGCAGUAAAUACCUUCAAGCUCCCGGUUUUAUUUACAACACGCCUUUUCAAAGAGUUCGCUCUAGCUUUGACAGUUCCAUUGUAAAUAAAGAGUUUAUAAGGGUCACCAUGUGGCCAAACUUAAUAAAUUUAUGCUUAUGUUGUAUUGCAAAUUCUUUCUGUUAAUUAAGUUGUGUUUUACUCUUUAUUAAUAAUUAUAUAAGUAACCAAGAAAUGUUGCUAUCAAUUUUAUAUAUUCAAUAAAAUGUAAAUUGGA